AUGCGGGCGUCGACGGCGCAUUCGGCGCUCCUCCUCGUGGCCACGCUCGUCGCCCUCGCCGCAGUAGGAUGCAACGGCUACAUGCUGUACCACGUGCAGCGCGCAUUCGCCUCGUCUCCGUCUCCAACCUCCUUCUUCCACUGGCGAGUCCUCCUCAUCUCGGCCGAAGCCGUAUCAGGCGCUACGGCACUGUUCGCAAUCACGCACGCGAUUAUCCGGCGGAUAAACGCCUACUCUUCCCUCGUCUCUGUACGGAUCGAUGUGUCGCUUCUUGUGGUAUUUGGUGGCGGGGCCGCGGCGAUUGGCGUGCUCCUCUUCCUCUCUCACGUUCCAGGCCAGCAUGUCAGGUUAUACUCGAUCGAGCACUGCCAUGGCCUGGGCAAGCAUUGUGCGAUCCACUUCGCCGGCGGCGCAGCCCUCCUCCUCUCCGCCUUUCUGUUAUUGGUAAACGCGACCUUUGAGGCACUCUACGCAUCCAGCCAUCCCGGAGGAUGGACCGAAUCGAUCCAUGCCCUCGCGUCAGACCUCGGGUCGGACGCGCCAAAACUCAAGAAAACCAAGUCGACUCUAUCCAUCAGUGCCCCCUUCACCGACCAAAAGGACAGUAUCGACACACCCUUGAUGCCGCCAGCGCCAUGCGCAACCCUCCCACCCCUAACGUAUAAUGGACAUGGUAUGGAGUUGGACCCACUGAAUUUCGGAAACCUCACCCCGAUGGAUCUCCGACCCACCCCAGCCCCGCCCUCGCCCGCCCGUCCCGAAAGCAGCCUCGGGCCCCGCUUUCCUAAAUCCACAUCGUCGGGGUCGGUGGGGACAGUCAGCACGCUCGCCACGACCCCGCUCUUCGGUCUCGCACCAGCAUACAUGUCUCCAGGGGCGUCUCCGGGGGCGCGAACUAGCAGCCUCAGCCAAGGCGGAACUUUCGGUAAAGACACGAACCCAUACCGCACCCCAUCGACACGGAGCACCAACCCGUACCCCCGAGACGAGAACAUACACCUCUCCCCCCCCUCGCCAAUAAUGGACAAUCCGUACCGCUCUGCAUCGCGCGACGACCCGUACCGCUCCCCCUCGCGCAAGGAGAAUCCAUACCGCUCCCCCUCGCGCAAGGAGAAUCCAUACAGGAUCAGCAAGAAGACGAGCACGAACACGCUCCAGCCCCCCAUCGAGAGAGAUCGGGCAAAGCUUAGCAUGGAGCAGAUCGACCGGAAGCGCACCCUCUUCGCGGACGGUAUGUUGUAG